AUUGUACAGAAUCUUAUUGCUACGAGAUUAUACAGACAUUUUACAGUGUACCGCUACAGUUUCAAGCAGACACUAGCUGAGUUUGAGGCGCCCAGCGGAUACUGGAAGGUAAUCGCAGCUGGCUUCCUCUUCGUUGUCUCCCUAGCAACAUUCUACUCCGUGUUCUUGAAUGUUUAUGUAUUCCCUGAUAUCCCACCAACGUUCCAGAAUGAAUAUAAGGAAGCACAAGUCAAGAGGGCACUUGUUCUUGAGAAGGGCAACUUCUUGGGAGCUCCUAAGUACUAUGACUACGAGAACAAGAGGUGGAAGUAA